CAGAAGCUACAGAAGCUAACGGAGCUAACAUGGUCACAGUGGAGACAGAGGAAGGUCGACAGUAGGACAACAGCAUCACCUCUUAUCGCUUAAUCUGCCUGUAAUUAAUUUUACUGACAAGAUCGAGUAAAUAGAAGAAAGCGAGCUGUUUUUUACAGACAUCCGUAGCUUUUCUGAAAGGUUUUUACUUCGCUAACCGCUUAGCGAGUUAGCUUCAAGUUCCGCUCAGCGUCUGUUUCCAGCACAUCUACACAUCUACAGUCAUGGCUGCGCUCAGAGCCUCCUAUCACAGGCUUUUGGACAAGAUCGAGCUCAUACUGCCCUCCAAACUGAGACCUUUUUACAACCACCCGGCAGGUCCAAAAACCGUUUUCUUCUGGGCCCCGAUGUUUAAAUGGGGUCUGGUUGCAGCUGGUUUUGCUGAUAUGACUCGACCAGCAGAAAAACUCAGUACCUCCCAGUCUGCAGUGCUGACAGCCACAGGCCUCAUCUGGUCCAGGUACUCGCUGGUCAUCAUCCCGAAGAACUGGAACCUGUUCUGCGUCAACUUCUUCCUCGGCUGUGCAGGAGGCACCCAGCUCUACAGGAUCUGGAGGUACAACCAGACUCUGAAGGCUAAAGAGGCCGAGCCUGAGUCCUGAGUGCUCUUCUGUUGCCAACGCUCCACUUCCUCCAGUGGACAGAAAGGGAGACUUCACAGCGGGCACAAACCUGCCCCCUUCACAUCAUCUCAGCAUCCCACGUUGUCUCCGUGACACCCAUGCCAUAACCAUUACUCUACCACAUUAAGCCUGUCGUCCCUGUGGGAAAUCUUUCCUUGAGUCCCAAAUUUCCUCAGGGGGUAAAAAAAAAUAACAAAAAAAGAAGGUUUUUUAAACUGUAGUCAACACACCCUCAAGAAUUGUGGUCAUAAACGCACAAGUAUUAAUUGUUCAACAUGUAUGAUUGUACAUUCUUUAAUUUAAGUUCAUGCUUUAUCGCUCGUGCACUAGUCGGGAAGUUUUUGCGUUUUUCCAUCAGCAUCAUUCAGGUGUCGCAAUCAGUACCUCAUGCAUUAAUUUCCCCAAAAAUAAUGUAACUCUUGGAUCUGUGUUGAACAUGGUUCAAAGGGAUGUUUUUCAAAUUAAGAGGGAUUUCAUCAUUUAUCUUUUCAUUUACUUAUUUAUAAUUAGGUUACAGUUUCGACAUCUGUACCUCAGUGAUUAUUAAAUCAUUAUUGAUUACCAUGUAAUGAUUCCUUCCAUUUUAAUGGCUUUAAUCUGUUUAAAAGCAAAUCAUAGUUCAUUAAUCACGUGAUAAAAUGUCUCUUGUAGUGAAACUGUAUAGAAAGAUCCUGUUAUUUUCUAAUUCUUUAUCAGGAAUACUUACACCAAUGCCACAUAUUUAACCUGUGCAGCUUUUUAUUGAUUGUUGCAGAGUCGACUGGCAAACUGACGGCUCUGUAUUAUCAACAAUAAUGCAGUCAAUGCCUCUUUUUUCCCAGAAUGGUGUUUUGUAUAUUUUGCUGUGUAAGAAUACUAUUCUCUCUGACACGUUUCCACUGUAGUUACACAUUAUGAUUCCCUGUAUAUUUUAGCAAUAAUUGGUGUCUCCACUUUUAAAUAUCUCUUGAACUGCUGACUGUUUGAACAAAUGGCACUUUGUUGGUUGCUCACGAUGGCUCUGUGGCUCUGUAAUGCUAAAAGACCUGUAAUAAAACACCUACAGCUUA